ACUGCUGGACAAAUGGGGGACCUCAGGCAGACGAUCGGGGUCAUGUCACAGACAAUGUGUCCGAAUUCCACAGCUGCAUCCGUGGAGGACUUAAAGGCCCCGAGUGGUGGGAAAGAGGAGAAAAUGCAGAUGAAGAGGGAGAUUUCUCUCCUCAACGGAAUCUGCCUCAUAGUGGGCAACAUGAUAGGUUCGGGGAUUUUCGUCUCGCCGAAGGGCGUCCUGAUGCACAGCGCAUCUUUCGGGCUGUCUCUGCUGAUUUGGGCCCUGGGGGGCAUCUUCUCGGUUUUCGGCGCCCUGUGCUACGCCGAGCUCGGCACCACCAUCACCAAGUCUGGAGCCAGCUACGCCUACAUCCUGGAGUCCUUCGGCAGCUUCCCAGCUUUCAUCCGCCUGUGGACGUCCAUUCUGCUCAUCGAGCCGGCCAGCCAGGCGGUGAUUUCACUGACCUUCGCCAACUACCUCCUGGAGGCUUUCUACCCCACCUGCCAGCCACCGUACGACGGUGUGAGGCUUCUCGCUGCAGCCUGCCUCUGUAUGCUCAUUUUCAUCAACUGCGCCAACGUGAAGUGGGGGACUUUAGUUCAGGACGUCUUCACCUACGCUAAACUCAUGGCGCUCUUCCUCAUCAUCGUCAUUGGCAUCUUGAAAGUAGCCACCAAAGAAACGUAUAAUUUUGAGAGUUCGUUCGAGGGCUCCACCAGGGAUCCGGGAGCCAUAGCGUUGGCCCUCUACUCGGCCCUCUUCUCCUACUCCGGCUGGGACACGCUCAACUUUGUCACUGAGGAAAUUCAGAAUCCCGAGAGGAACCUACCUCUGGCCAUUGCUGUCUCUAUGCCCAUCGUGACCAUCAUCUAUCUGCUGACUAACGUGGCGUACUAUGUGGUUCUAGACAUGCCCUCCCUGCUGGCCAGUGAUGCUGUAGCUGUGACAUUUGGAAAUGCGGUGCUGGGUCCCUUUAAAUGGAUCAUUCCUAUUGCAGUGGCCAUGUCCUGCUACGGAGGACUCAACGCUUCCAUCAUCGCUGCCUCUCGGUUGUUUUUCGUCGGAGCCAGAGAGGGCCACCUCCCUGACAGCCUGAGCCUGAUUCACCUGAAGCGAUACACUCCCAUCCCUGCUCUCCUGUUCAAUGGGCUGAUGGGCCUGAUCUUCCUGUGCGUGGAGGAUGUGUUUCAGCUCAUCAACUAUUUCAGCUUCAGUUACUGGCUCUAUGUGGGGCUCUCCGUGGCCGGCCUCAUCCACCUCCGCAUCACGCAGCCAGACAGACACAGGCCCGUAAAGUUGACCCUGUUCUUCCCUUUCGUCUACUGUGUGUGCAGCCUGUUCUUGGUCAUCGUCCCUCUGUAUGGAGACACCAUCAACUCCCUCAUAGGAAUUGGAAUUGCGCUUUCUGGAGUGCCAGUUUAUUAUGUGGCCAUUUACCUGCCUGAGGAGAGGAGGCCCCGGUUUAUACGCAAACUAAACGACUUUGCCACCAGAUAUAGUCAGAUAUUGCUCUACUGCUGUCUGACUGAGUAUGACUAUGAGACCGAAGCUCAAGCAGGAGGUAAAACCCAGUGA